AUGAUGCAGGCUUUCCUUGAGUCUGCUCAUGACGAGGGAGAUGGCAACAGGGUGGUCAAGGUCUGGGUGAAGCAAGUCCGCGACGUGGCCUACGACGUCGAGGACACACUCCAGGAGUUCGCCGUGCGCCUCCAGAAGCAGUCUUGGUGGCGUAUCCGUCGCAACCUACUCGACCGGCGUCGUGUGGCAAUGCAGAUGAAGGACCUCAGAGCCAAUGUUGAGGAUGUCAGCCAGAGAAACAUGCGCUACAGUCUCAUCAAGGGCUCUGGAUCCAAGGCCGCCAUGGCUUCAGAGCAGUCUAGCAUUGCUUCUGCAGCACUGUUUGGCAUCGAUGAAGCAAAACAUGCAAUGAAGCAGGAGAAAUCAAAAGUAGAACUUGUCCAGCUCCUCAACAGGAAGGAGAAUCAGCUUAGGGUAAUUGCAGUGUGGGGAACAAGUGCUGAUCUCGGGCAGACUUCCAUCAUCAGGACGGUGUAUGAGGAUCCAGAUAUUAAAAGCAAGUUCUCAUACCGAGCUUGGGUCAGAGUGAUUCAUCCUUUUAAUCCAAAAGAAUUUGUUCAGAGUUUGGUGCAGCAGUUUGACGCAGCCGUUGGGGUUGAUGUUGUGCUGGAAAUGGAGAGGACGUUGCAAGAGUUGGCUGAAGAGUUUAAAAGUUAUGUGAACAGUAAAAGAUACCUGAUUGUACUUAACGAUCUGUCCACUAUUGAGGAGUGGGAUCUGAUUAAAAGGUGCUUCCCAGACACGACAAUGGGGAGCAGGAUCAUAGUGUCCACAGCUCAAGUUGAAGUUGCAAGCUUAUGUGCAGGGCAAGAAAGCAUAGUAUCAGUGCUUAGGCGCAUGUCUGCUGAUCAGAGUAUUUAUGCUUUCCAUGAGAAGGUCUCUCAAGAUGGAACAGGUUUAGCGUCAAGCUCAGACCAUACCACUACCACAACAGAUAACAACACUGUAGUUCCCACUGGUGAAAUAUUAGAGGAUCAAUUCAAGGGUGUUGCUGAAAAAAUUACCAUAAAAAAGAGCUUCAGUCGCACCAGGACAAUGAUGACUGCUUUCGAGGAGUCUCAUCUUGUAGGGCGAGAGAAAGAAAAAGUUGAGAUUAUCAAGCUAAUUUUAAAUCAAGCUACCCAAAAAUAG